UUGGUAUGUCAAAAAGGUUAGUUAAUUUGUAAAACUAUGUGUUCAGCUGUUCUAUUUUCGUCGUAAACAUUUGAUUCCAAAAAUAUUUCGAAAUAUGAAUAUCAUAUUUUAUUGUAUUGCAAAGUUCACAUUCAUAUUGGACUUCUCCAUUUUUCUAAUAUUCAAUUAGUUAAUAACUAUCUCAAACUUUCACAUAUACUCUUUUUCGCAAUAAUUUAACCAGAUUUCACACAUUGGGAACAUUUGCCCGCGAUUCCGCUUGCGGAAGUUCAUAUCACGUUUUACUUCUUUACUCUCGAAUCAGAAGUUGUCAAUUGGACGGUUUUCUGCAUUUGCAGUAUUUAGAAGAAACCAUUUCAGUCAAAUUUCAUGAUUUUCUUAUAAGUCAUCACAAUUCAUAUUUUUGGAAUUACUUUCCUCAUUCAAUUUUGGAAGUCCUAAUUGCUCAGCAAUAGUUUCUCAAGUUGCGUUUAGUAUUUUUGAAAAAUGUUUCUAAAGAACACUCAUCUACAAGAUUAGGGAAUUUUUAAAAGUUAUGAAUAUCACAGUUAAAACCUUUCAUCGUGCUACUAUGUUCCCUCGUGAAUAUAUCAAUUAUAAUAAGUCAAAAAAAUAGAAUUUAUAGUUGUAUGCUUGCUAUAAUUUAUCUUUCGAUCACAAAAAUCUCAAAUGGUUUAAUUCAUUUUUUGUUCUCUUCCCCACAUGGUGUUUUCAAAUAUGGUGAUAGUUUGUACUGGGACUGACUGGCCAUCUCCUCGUUUUCCUCCUUUUCUUUUCUUUCGCGGCCAGCCGCAGCGUUCCUCUUUUUUCCCAUUUUGCUGUUGACGCUCAUUCGCUAGAAAGCUAGAGAAAAAGAAAAGACGCAACGAUGAUGACCACCACCACCAAACACACAUACAUAAACUCACUCACACAUAAUAUAAACACUCACAACAAGGCCGAUCAAUUCGCUCAAACUCAUACACUCAUGCGACGCUAAAAUAAACCGCGACGCGGGCAGGCAACGCUCUUUUCACUCACACUCACACAAGGUUUUCUUCUUGUUCUUCUCUUCUAUUUUUUGUCGCUUGGUAAAAAUGAAAAAAAAAAGAAAAAAGAUGAUUCCUUCUUCGCCUUCUUCUUGUUGGUCUACAACGAAGAAGAAGAAAAAGAGGGAAGAGUCUGAAAUUUUGAAAUUCUUUUCCUUUUUCUUAUUAUUUUUAAUUAUGUUUCAAGGCGGCGAUAUUCUUUGAGUUUAGAAUAGAAAAACACUGUUCGUUUUUGUUUGAAUUGGGAAUUUGUUCAAAUUUUUAAAAGAUGAGGAAAACGAUCGCAACAUUUUUUUAAAAAAAUGUACAAAAACACGACCAUUUUUGUACUUUUUCACACUUUUUUCGUAUUUUGUUAGGCUGAAUACUAAAUUAGAGAAUUCUUAUUUUCAUUUUCCUCAUUUAUAAAUAACUUUACUUUGGGUACAACAUUUCUAACAAAAAAUGAUGAAUGUGAAACUUCUAAAGUUCAAAUAUUUUUUCUUUGAUCUUUCAAUUUCAAUAUAUUUGUGAUAAGUUAUUUCUGGUAUGAAUAAUAUAUUCAAGUCAUAUACAUAUAAUCACUUUUUCGCCAUUUAAUUGGUAAAUGAGUACUUUAUUAUUAGUCGAAAAUUCUAAUCUUUCCGGUUUUGAUGUAACUACGGGUAACCGAGGGAAAUUAAUAUAAAUUUCUGAUAAAUGUACCUUUUUAUGGGAAUGUGAAUGAACAUCUGUCUGUGUUUUUUUUUCGAAAGUGCUAUUCUGCUUUUCAAAAGUGCAUUCAUCUUCUGAAUUUUUUAUAGAAUUGUGAAAUUUUUUUCGAAGUUCUUGAGGUUUUCAAAGAAGUGUUUUUUUCGUUGAGGAACGAAUCACUGAAAAAUUUUGUCAAUCAAUUUUACAAUUAGGCCAUUUUAUGGCUGACUGCCUUACCUUAAGAAUCAAUGUUUUUUGGGUUUCCUAUUUACAAACCAUCUGCUUCAGUAAUUACACCUUAUUUUAUCCUAAUCCUGCGUCCUUUUUUCGGCGUUUUUAGUGUAUAAUUUUUUAUUAAAAAUAAAUAAAAUAUGACUGUGAUCUUCUAUCAAAUUUAAAAUUAAAAACUUUUAAAUUUCAUCUUUUUCCCUUCGCUGCGUCUCUACCCGCAAUGUAUUUUUUGCACACAAUAUUUUUUCCUCCUCUCUCUUCUCUCUCCUACUUUUAGCAUCUUCUUAUCCACACCCUACCAUAUUUGGAUUUCAUUAAUAUAUUUAUUUAUUUACAUUUCGCAUUAUUUUCAGGAACUCACAGUAAAAUGGAGACGCGUAAAAGAAAAUCAUCUUGGGAGAAAUAUAUAAACGGGCUAAAUGAUUUGCCAGAAAAGCGGAAAAAGUCGACUGAAUUCUAUAAUAGCCUUAAAAUGUUUUAUAAAAGACGAUGGAAUGUUCCACUUAAAUUGCCAAAUGUUCAAGGUGUUGAAGUUGAUUUGUUUAAAUUAUAUGAUACUGUUAUGGCUCUUGGAGGAUGGCAAAAGGUUUGUUUUAUUUUUAAAAUACUUUUUUUUGAGAAUUUCGUGUAAUUUAAAAAAUAGAGUUGUCUUCUAUUAAUGGUUUUGAAAAACUUGGGAGAAUGAUCUUGAUGAGCUGAAAACUAUGCCGACAAAAUUAGUUUAUUAGUUCCAUACAAGAGAAAUUUCGAAAAAUCGUGGCUUUCAACGACUAUAAAAACCAGUUUUGAUUUCAUAGAAAAAAACUUCAGCAAUUUUUUUGCAACACCUUUUUCAGCCCGGCGAGUUCUAUAAUAUUUUUAUUGUUUUUCAAAACCAUUAUCAACCAGACUUAAAAAUUGUAGCUCUUUCAAAUAUUCUUUAAUUUUCUUUUAAUAUUCAUAUUUUUUAAGGUUGCAAAUAUGGAUAAAUGGCCAGAUAUCGCUGAAAUGUUUGGUUGUAAAAAUGAUAUAGUUUGUGGUGAUCAUGCAAUCAAAUUAACUUAUAUGCGAUAUUUAUCAAAAUUCGAACAAAUCGAAACAGUUGGUGAUUUGGAUGAUUAUGUUGAUAAUGAAAUGUCACGAAGUCGUGGACGAAAUGCCACCUCAUUUUUUGCAACAAAUGAAUGCCCAAUUAGUAAUUCAAGAUUACAAGAAUAUGUUCGAAGAGAUGAACGAGGAAAUAUUUUGAAUGAACCAGAUUAUGGUCGAUUAACUAAAUCAUUGUUAUCUGGUCUUCCAAAUGAGGUAACUUGUUUCUGUUUUUUUUCUCUUUAAAAUUAAACAAUUCUUAUUUUAGGUUGAUUUUGCUAUGAAUAUUUGUAUGCUUUUAUCACAUGCUGGUCCAAGGCAGUUAAGAAUAUGUCAUGCACCAUCACUUUUAACAUUACUUGUUGCCCAUACAGGAAUAUAUGAUGGUAGGCUCAUCUUUCAACAUAUUUUCAAUAAAUUUUACAAAUUUUUAGAAAAUGAUCAAACAAUUUCUGAACUUGGGUCUUCUUGGAAAAUCAGCACCAAUCAAGAUUUUGAAUCUUUUUGGUCUGUUUCGGGAGUAAACUCUGAUUUAUUGAAACGUUUGAUUGGAUCGGAAGUUGCAAGUCGCGCAGAAGAUGAAGAUUCUCAAUUUUUCACCGGUUUAUCUGCUUCAUAUAAUGUGAAGGACCCAAGAUCUUGGAGAUUAAAUCAAGUAGCAACAGUCAUUCGAAAUUUGUCAUUUGAACAGAUAAAUCGUGUUACAAUUGUGAAAACUUGGCCGGUUAUGAAGUGAGUUUUUUAAAUGAAAAUUAUAAGGAAAUCAGGAUAUUUAUUAUGGGAUUUUCAGAUUUUUAAUAUUAUGUGCUUCUUGUCAAUGGGCUCCUUUAUAUACCGCGGCAUAUGAUGCAUUGAGUAAUUUGGCAACUGAUGUAAGAACUUUAUUUUUGUUUCCAUUUUUUUAUUUUCUUAAUUUUUAGAUUGAUUUGACUGAUCGUACUUUGGUUCAUAUUUCACAUCACGCAUUAUUGAAAAUUAUUCAUGAAGGAAUAUUCAGCAGCGAUAAAUUCAAACUAAUACGAUCUCUCGAAAUGCUGACUGGUUUAUGUGCAUUUGAAGGAAAUGAGAAAGUUAUUUGUGAUUGGUUAUCCCCUGAAAUAAUCAACCGAAUUCUUGAAGUUGUACAGAUAAAAGAUAUAAUGAUGUGUGUUUAUACAUUGGAAUGUUUAUAUCAAAUAUCUGAAAUGGGUGACACUGCUUGUGAUAUGAUUGCUGAUUCACCCAAAGCUAUUCAACAACUUGUAUCGAUGUCUACUUUAGAAGCUGUUGCUUUUGGACCAGCUGGAUUGGCUGGAAUGAAAGUUGUUGAAUAUCAACCACAGUUUCCAAAUCCACAAUCAGCACAACAUCAACAAAUGUUACAACAACAGCAACAACAAAGAAUGCAAAAUCAACAGCAUCAACAGCAAAAUUCCCAAAAUGUUGCUCAACAAAUUCCUCAACCUCAAUCACAUCAUCAAAAUCCACAACAAAUUCCACCGCCACAACAACAAUCGCAUCCAACUCAACAAUUGCCAGCUCAUAUUCCUCAAAUGACUGUUCGACAAGUUAUUCAAUCAGGGUUACAGCACCAUGUUAUUCAACAACAUCAAGCACAAGCUCAACAAGCCAAACUUGGACCUGCAAUUCCAGUUCAACCAAUUGUUCCAAGUACAAAUUCAGGCGAUAGUCAAGUUGAACAACUCACUGAAAAAUGGAUCAAACAAAAUUGUGUUUUUGAACCAACAAUGUCAACUCCACGAGGAGAAUUAUAUGCGGCUUAUGUUGAUGAUUUGAGAAAUCAAUAUUAUUCACUUAGUGGAAGUUUGGCAAUGUUCAGUGGAGUUAUGAAGAAUUUAUAUCCUGAAGUGAUUUUCCGAAUGGCUGAAAAUGGAGUUAUGAUUGUUGCACAAGGUAUUCGAUUGGUUCGACCACAUAAAUUAGCACCAGCCGCAUCAACUUCAAGUCCAGAAAAAUCGAUGGAAUUAACACAUCCAUUAAUGAAGAAAAUGCUAUCGGAAAAAGAACCAAUAUCAAAUGGAGUUAAUGGACAUUCUCAUGUUAAAACUGAAGAGGUACAUUUAUUUUAAACAUAGUUUUGCUAGUUUAUUGCAUGCUUUUAUUUUUGCUUGCCUUUCCCUUUGUUUUUUUAGUUGCAUGAUUUUUAGAAGUAUCAAAAUGGAUUGCAAGUUUGUAAAUCGCCGGAAAGAUUCGAUGAAAAUGGAUAUGCUAAAGAAGAACUUAUUGCUGCACGAAAAUUGGUAACACUUUCUUUUUUUCCAAACAACGAGCUUGCUUAUCAUUUUCAGUAUUUGCAUGGAAUAUUGUUUCACAACAUUUGUUAAUUUAAAAAUCAAUUUUGUUUUUUUUCAGAACGGAUCUGGUGAUUAUAAAAUCGAAACAACUUCAAUAAAUGGGAAAUUAACAAAUGGAUAUACAAAACCGCAAGAUAAUAGAAAAGCUUCUUCAAUUGCUAGUCGUGCUGCUGAAUUAGUUGCUGCUGUUAAAAUGAAUGGAAAUAUUAUGAAUGGAAUACACGAAGAGAAAAAAGAAAAUAAUGAAGAUGGUGCAACAACAUCAACUGCAGAUGAAAAUACAAUGAAUUCGAAAAAUAAGAAAAAAGUGCCAACUUCAAGUCAAAUAACAGAAUAUAUGUGUGAUUGGGAUUGUUGUUCACUUCAUUAUUCAUCGCCAUCUCAUGUUCUUAAACAUUUAUCAGAAGAACACGUUGUUGAAGAAUUGCGAUUAUUAUGUAGAUGGAAUGGAUGUACAGAUCCAACACCAAGAAAUCGAUGGUCAUUAAUAACACAUAUUCAAGAUAUUCAUUGUAAUGAAAAUCAAUUAAAAGCAGCUGCAAAAAAGAGAAGGUUUGUUGAAUUUAUCUCAAGUUUUUUUUAAUAAUAAAAUGCAAUUUUCAGAGAAGGAGGAGCGAGUGUUCGUGGAAUUCCGCGUACUGAAAUUGUUCCACGUGAUAUCAGCAAUCAUCCAGGAUAUGCUAAAAAUGCAGCUAUGGAUGCGAUUCGCCGGCAUGCUUUCAACUUUUUACCGCGAGAAAUUACGGAUGAAGCUGAAGGACCAGUGACAAAAAGUAUUCGAUUAACAAGUUGUCUGAUAUUGAGAAAUUUGGCGAGAUAUUCGUCUGAAGGAAGACAAAAAUUGCGACGACAUGAAUCACAUUUGUGUUGGUUAGCACUAUCCAGAUUAGAAAGUAGUGUUGCACUUUCACAACUUCUUGCUGAACUUCAUCAAACUCCAGUCGCAUUGGAUGAAACAAUUGUGAAAGGAUUGCCAGAAGUUGCUUCGACAGCAUCAUUGUCAUCAAUAACAAGCACUUCGAAUUUAAUUGCACCAGAAUCGCCGUCUUCUUCAAAUUCAACACCAACAUUGCAAAAAUCAGUGAAUCCGAAUAGAGAGUCUCGAGAAUCUGAAGAAUCCUCAACACCGUCAACAUCGCAUAGAGCUAUCAAUUUUUCGUCUGUUCUACCAGUCAGUGAUAUGGUGAGUUUUUGAUAAGAUUUUUGUGAGAACACAUUUUAGGGUUUAAAGUUCAGAUGUCUUAUAUUGUCUAGGCUCAGAAUUGAUCCAAAAAUUUUCAAGGUCCGUCAAAAAAUGUUAAAACUUUUUUUUCAAAGAUUUCACUGUUUUUUUUUCAAAAAUUAUUUGUAAUAUUUGCAGCCACCUCCAUCAAUUCCUCGUCAUCAUGCACCUCCUCCAUCAAUUCAACAACAUUUACCAAAUCAACCAUCUCCGCUUGUCACAGCAACAACAACUCCAGUUCGAGCUGCUGCUGCCAAUUGA